AUGAGAUAUAGAUAUAACAUGAAUAUACAGUAUAACAUGAAAUAUAGAGCUCUGAACUAUUUCCUGACACACUUUCCUAACUCUCAGGGUCUCGGAGUCAUUCUGUGCUGCGUCCUGGCGGUGGUUCCAGCCCACGGAAGCUUCCCCGGCGCCACAGCCCCUCCCGCCACAUGCAGGCGCUGGUGCCUAACUCCAGAGCAUCAAUCCUACUGCUGCGAGACCGUCUUUGAACCCGAGGCCCCCGUGGGCACCAAGCCCCUCGACUGCCCACGAGUCCGUCCCACCUGCCCACCCACACGCUUCGGUGGAGGACCUGUAACCUGCUCCAGCGACUUCAAGUGCGGCGGCCUGGACAAGUGCUGCUUCGACAGGUGUCUGGGAGAACACGUGUGCAAGCCCCCUUCCUUCUACAACCAGUUCGGUUGAGAAGGGAAUCAGGAAGGAAUUACUGAUUCGUGUAGAACCCAUGACUAAUAAAGUGUUAGUCCAAAGAUGA